AACAUUUCCAAGCACUAGAUGCAAUGCCAAAAAUAGAACAGAAAAACUCCUUUGAAUCGGCCCUCCCUCCUUUAUAGCACAUUGGCCUCUGAAUUUUUCUCAAGGGAGGUGUGUUGUGCAUUGUCAACCCAAGGUCACUUUGUUUGAACGGGAGAUGCAGUCCUCCCCUUACAUAAGUGUUUCGAGGGAUGCACUCGAGUAACUAGCCUCGGAGUUUAGAGCUGCUCGGAGCUGGAAGAUGAGGCCCGUGCUUGGAAUGGCUUUGCAGUGCCUGCUGCUGCUCCUCCCCUCAACUGCUCUGCUAAGAAAAGGAGGUGUUGAGGGAGGACUUUCACCUGCUGAAGAACUGGAAAUAACCUUUUCAAAGGAGUUGGGAUUUGGAGAGGAGCGGAGAGAAAAGGAAGACGGGAGCAUAUAUGAAGGAGCAGAACUCAACUUAAUGGCAUUGACGCCCAAGGCCACCACUGCUACUCGUCUCCUCUUGAAGAGUGACAAGCCAGGAGAUGAUGCCAAAGGAGCAAAAUGCCCUCCGCUCAUCCCUGAGGAGGCAGUUUUCCCAGUUCUGGGGUCAGAUUCCAGCCUCCCCCCUUGGCCCAUUGGUGGGCUGGAAGGGCCAGUGUGCACGGUGAAAAUGGGCAGGAGGUACGGCUUGGGCAAGAACCACUUGGAAGUCGUGGGGGUCCUUACCAGCUAUGAAAGUGAUUUCCUCAAAGUGGUGAGACGUUCAAGCUGGGAUCAAGGCCGGCUGGAGACCUUUGGGAUCUGUCCUGCUGGGGAGGCCCAUUCUGCUCUCCUGUCUCUGAAACACAUCAGUGCCCACUUGGCUGACCCAGGGGAGAACAGGUUCCUUGUGCUGCAUCUUGAAGAAGUGAAGUGGGAUGCUGAGACAAAGCUCAGGUUUAAGCUGGCUUUUCAAGAGGACGUGGGGCGGUCACUUGGAGAGCUCCAGUCUGCCUUGCUGGUGUUUUAUCCUGGAAGCAGGGAAAGGAAGGGCAGCAAAGCAAGAGAGAAGCUCCUGGCAGCAGGAGAAGGGCUGCACCAGAAGCAGGCUCUCUGCCUCUCCAGGGACACCCGGUACCUGCUGCUCGGGGCCUCGGUGACGUCUGCCAUCCGCUCACACAGGCAGCUCAGCUUCGACGUUUCCUUGGCAAUCAGGCGUCCCAGUGAUGGAGGCUCCCUCCUGCCCCCCCUGGAGGCUCAGCAACUGCUCUUCGGCGCUGACGAGAAGUGUUUCACCAGGAUGACCCCGGCCUUGCUCUUGCUGGUGAAGCCGCGGUGCGAGGAAGACGCCCUGUCCCCCUCUUCCUUCCUCUCAGUGGGCGGCGUGGUGGAGACGGUCCCUUACCCACAGCCCAGCUCGCCCCCUGGUGGCAAGGCCGAGGAGCCGGCCUCUAAUGCGGCUGCUGGCCAGGCCAAUGCUUCAUCCCCAGCGCCCGGCAGCCAUGACCAGUUCCUAGGCAGCCUGACCAGGUUCGUCAGCCGGGUCCUGAGCCCCUCGGGGGAGCCGCCUGCUGCCUCCAGCCUCCACCACUGGCUGGACUUCAAGACGAUGGAGACGCUUCCUCACCGGCUGCUCAACCUGUCGGAGCAGGCAGCCCUGGAGCGGCUGGUGCAGUCGGACGAGCCCCUGGUGCUCCUGUUCCCCCAGAACAGCCAGGCGCUGCUGGAGCAGCAGUUCGGGCACUGGCGGCUGGAGGGGACACUGCUGCAGAGGCUGCUGGAGAAGCUCCAGGCUGUCAUCCAGGAGCUGAGGGAGAUCCCAGCCUUUCAAGCCAACGUGGACCUCUUCCAGCACCUCCUGGCCUUCUGCUAUUACCCCCUGGGGUCGGGCGGCAGCGACCCCACGGAGCUGCCCCGUGGCCACCGGAAGCUGCGCACGCUGCUGCUGCUCAAAGCCCUGCAGACGGUGCGCGCCCACUGGCAGGAGAAGAGGAAGGUGUCCCGGCAGAACCGCAGCGCUGGGUCCCAAGCCUAUUGCCGGCUGCAGGAGCUGACGAUCAACCUCCGCUACGAUUUCAUCAUCGUCCCUGUGGAAUACACUGCCAACAACUGCGAGGGCCCCUGCCGCCGCCCGCUCUCUACCCGCAGCCCCGGCUACUCCUCCCACACGGUGCUGCUGCUGGAAAUGCAGGCACGGGGCACACCCCUCCGGCGCAGCCCCUGCUGUGUGCCCGUCAAAUACUCCAGCCAGGACGUCAUCCUCUUCACCGGGGAGGGCUUGCAGGUCACGACGUACCCCGAAAUGGUGGUAGAGGAGUGCGGCUGUCGGUAGAGAUGCCCGGCCUGUCCCGUCUCUCCCUGGCGUCCUUUGGCCUUCAGAGCUUGGAGGGAGGCGACUGAGCUGAGGCCGUGGCCUGGGCUGUUGGUUCCACAGCUGCCUUUCCCCUGCAAUACUGGCUCGUUGUUUCCCCCUGGCCCUGGUAGGUUUAUGGGCCCGUCACGCUCCGGGAAGCUGAUGGCAGCCCCAGGUGCAUCUGCCCCCCAAUGGCAGCAGAGCGCUGGGGCAGCGCAAGUGACGCGUUCCUGGAGCUUAGAGGGCAGCAAUAGGCCAAAUCUGACCCCCACCCGCUCCAGCUUUGUUAGAGGUGGGAUGUGGAGGGGCCGUGAUGGGCAGCAGAACCCCGGCCCCUUCCUGCCUGAUUCUUGUAUGUGCAGCUAUUUCUCAAUAUCGUCUGGUUUCAUUUCUCACCGUUUCGUGCUGAGGGUGAUGGGGGCGGGGGAGGGGGCGUCUUGGGGGAAAAUCUGUAACGGGGGAGGGGGAGUCUGUCUGCAGACAGGAGAUUGAUGGAAACAUGCUAGUGCCACUGAGGGAUGCCAUGGGCUAGGUCAGGUGCUGGGCUUCACACACCGGCCACUUCAAAUCCUGUGGGAGCUGAGAGCCAGCACUAGGGUGGGGGUCCUGGGCUGGCAGAGCAGGGGCCGUGUAGCGCAGGCCAGAGGCGAUCGGGCUGGUGGAGCACGGGGUGCUGCAGAGCAGGUGUGUGGUGCGUUGGGGGGGCUGGCAGAGCAGGGGGUGCUGCAUGGCAGGGCUGGGGAUCAGGCUGGUGUGGCAGGGGUGCUGCAGGCCAGCCACGAGGGGCAUGGCAUUGCUGUGGGCGAAGCUUGCCUAGCCUCUCAGUUCAACUCCAAAUCCACCCCAACGUUUGUGUGGUUGAAGAAGGGGCAGGAGGGUGCAAUCAGGGGUCGUGACUGCCCUCUUCUGGCAGGGUGCUGUAGGGGCAACUAACUCAGCCCCACGUGGAGGGAGCACGCUGUGGCUCUUUAGAGCAGUGAUUCUCAGCCCGCCGGCCACUUGCAGCCCAAUCAGCACCCGGCUGCAGCCCAUGUGCCAUCCUCAGGGCCAUACGGGGAGCACGUAUCUUGUGUGGCUGCAGCCCAUAGAACCCCAGAAAGCCGCGUGUGCUGCCCACAAUGGGAAAUCGGUUGAGAACCAGUGCUUUGGAGCAAUGCUUUGGGCAGGCGGCUCCUCGAGAGCGGAGCGAGAGAAGGGAAGAUCUGCUCACCAGGGCUUUGGGGACCCUCCCUCACUUAUCACAGGGGUGGUGGGCACACCCCCUCCCCAGCCCAGCCAGGGCUUUGCUGGGGUGCAGCUCACAGUCAGCCCCCUGGUGCAGAAUCCCCGAGUGACCCGGAGCUUGUGCAGCUCCAUGGACGCUGGUAGGGAGCGCUGGUUACAGGCCUCUGCCAUGCACAGGGUUACCAUACGUCCGGUUUUUCCCGGACAUGUCCAGCUUUUCGGCAAUCAAACCCCCGUCCGGG